AUGUCGACGCUGGUGGCUCUGUUCCGACGUCUCGUGUUCCGAAGACGUGCGACGACCGAAAAAGCGUCGGACGACUCGCAAAACACGCAAAAGCACCGGACAAAGUCGCUGAACCUGCCGGCCACACAGAACAGCAUUCGCGAGAAGAGCCGGUCAGUCGUCCAUUAUCAGUUCGACGACGCACUUUUGGUCUCUUCUCCGAAAUUUCAUCAAUUUCCGAUUAGAAACGCGGGGACUUUUGUUCUAUUUCCGUCAUUUUUCUACUUGCUUCGUUUCUUAUCACUUUUUGGGUCACGUCACGAGUCAAAAAUCACGUGGCGGCCUAAUUUUUUGCAAUUCUGGCCUGGAAACUGCCCCCUGGAUUCCUAGGCCACUCUGAUUUUUGUUCGAUGAUCGACUUUUCGAUAUCGGUCUCUGAUAGCACAAACAACUUUUAUGCGACCCCAAUUUUCUUUUCUCUAGCACACACACUUUGAAAAUGUGAAAAAUGUGCGUUUCGAUGCUGUAAAAUUGAUGUUCAGGUGAAAAGUGAUAAGCCACUCUGCCGCAACCGAUCUUUGAAUCAUCGUGAUCGGAUUCUAGGCCACGGCCAUGCUUCUGUUUCAAAACCCAUGUGUUUGUUUGUUAUUUCAGAAUCAACGUGCAACGCGGCUCACAAGUGGUGAUUCGCAACCGGAGUCAAAGUGUGACAGUGGAAAGAAAGCACGUCAGCCGGAGCAUUGAUAAGGUGAGGCAUCGGCGGCGGCGGCAAUUCGUAAUCAUCGCAAAAGUGAUCGAUGAGUCAACACAGAUCAAGAACUAAAGAAGGGCGGUCACGGGGAGCACGCGGAGAGUGCAAAAAUUGUGUUGUUUGGGGUUUGAUGAGCGCCGAAAUGGGGGGUAAACAGUCAACAAUUCGAUGGAAAUCGGCCAAAUGGCGUUUUCAUAAAUUGAGCAGGUUUUCUCUGAUUUUUGUGGUCAACCGCGAUGAAAAAUGAUGGUUCGACAUGAAAACACACUAAUUCUCAGAAUCACUGUCUUCCCCAACAGCUAAUGCUAAAUUAAGCGCCGCGUUAAAACGGAGUGUCGUUGAAAACAAAAGCAGGACUGAAAUUUCUGGAUUUUUUUUCCGAAAACCCGAAAUUUCAUUGGAAAAUGAGAAAAAUGAAGUGAAACAGAGAAUUUCAGAAUUGUUAAUGACAGCUGUGACCUUAAAUUAGCGCUUUGCCCACAAGACACACACUUUACUGUGAAUUUCAGUCCGGACCGUCAAAACUGGAAAUUUCUCAGUCAUUUUUGCAUUUUAUGGGCCGUCUCUGUGCUCAAAAUGACCGUCUUUGUUUGCUGAACAAUCGUGAGACAACUGUUUUUCGAUUCUGUCAACUGUUUUCUCAAAACUUCCGAAAGUUCGUUUUCUCAAGCCAAAUUUUAAAAAAAACUAAAUUACUCUUCGAAUUUUCACUUUUACGCGAGCACUCUAUGAUCAUUUUGUAGCUAUCGGUCAUAUGAACAAACGGGAGGCAAAAGUUUUGAAGGAAAACUGUAUUAUCCCAAAAACUCGGGAAAACAUCAUUUUCAGCUGAAAAACUCUGUCCCGUAAAUCGACACUGAGAGCCGCACGCAAAAAAGCGCGCGAAAAUUUUUUUUUCGCCGAAUAGGAGACAGUGAGAAUUAAUAAUGGGGUUUUUUUCGUUUUUUUACAUCGCUGAAUUGGGUUUUUUGACGGAAAAAAACGGAAAAAAAAUAAUUUUUUUCACAGCCUGAAUAACCCCAUAACGUUUUGGCGCAUUUUCCGCGGACUUUGCUUUUUCGCCUUCGCCGCCUAAAAACCGCCUAAAAACCGCACUUCUCAUUUUGCGCUUUCUUGACCGUUUUCAGACAGAAUUGGUUUUGAGAAUGAUAAAUCACGUAAAUACAAGCAUUUUGAGCGCUCGAACCGCGAAAACUACCGAAAAUCAACUGAAAUUCACGCAGUUUUAGCCAAAAACCUUCAAACGGAUAAAUGUGAUUUGCGACUUGACCAAAUUUAACGCUCUUUCGCGUAAAAAAUUCGUAAUAGCCUAUACAAUCGGUCUAUCGAGAGACAAAUGAGAAAUUAUCGGUUUUUCGUGGCUAAUCUGGCAAAAAAUACAAAUUUUGCUGUUAAAAUUUGAAUUUCGCGCCAAUGUAUCGCUCCAUUGUAGGCUCUGGAGACCGUGGGUUGCUAUCAGUUUGGGGGAAAAAAGAGCAAAAAUCAUGUUCUGAGACAAAUCUUCGUUCUGGCGCAUGCUUUUCGGACCUCCAACUCCUCCAAUCCACUCGUUUUUCAGCAGUCCUCUCCGUCGUCCCGUCGCCAAUCGAAAAUAACGGUGCACUCGGUGAAAGUGCCCGUGAAUUCGACGCCGAGCGCCACGAGUUUGGCGCCGACUCUCUCCACCACCUACCACCGCAAAAGAUCCGCCUCGACAGCCAACUCGCGACCGACUGUCAUUGUUAUUCAGUCCUGA